AUGGAUGUGGAGGGCAACAAGCAGAAGUAUCGAGGGAAACUCUACAUCCUGAACGAUGCCGCCGCCUGGCAAGAGGCCGGGACCGGUCAUGCGUCCGUCGUGGGAACCGGACAGCAGCGCCGACUGCAGUUCAAAGAUGAAGAUAGUGGGCAGGUGCUCCAUGACCGGCCGGUCUUUGCGCAGGAUGUCUACCAGCUGCAGGGCGAAGGUGCCCAGAAGACCAUCAUCGUCUGGGAAGAUGAGGAGGACCAGAAAGACUGGGCACGGGGCUCGGCCUCCGUGCUGCGAUCUGCUUUUUGCGGGUCGGGCUAUUUAUGA